UUCAGUUCUCGGUUCUCUGAAGAGUACGACAGCCAACGGAAGAUGGCGUGGAUGGGACUUGGGUGUUGGCUGAUGGCCAUGGUCAUGACGGUCGCCGCUGUGCAGUAUCCCAGGCUAUCGCAACUGCUUACAGAGGGGGAAGCGUGUCCCAGUCUUCCCGGCUACCCAGACAGCAGCUGCCUGGGCAUCAAGAACUGUCCCAAUGUCGAUUUGUAUAUUAGUUCGGGCAGACUGACGCUGAACGAGGUGGUGCAGUGCGGAAUUGGCGCCUACAUGGAGCUCGUUUGCUGCCCCAAACAACCGCCCAACAUGCAGACGACGUUUGUGAGACCGCUCUCCCACACCGAAUACAUGUCCGAACGUGGGCGUAGGCUCUAUCCCCAUGUGGCCUCGCUGCGGUACUUGAAUCCAGUGACAUUGGACUCGCAAAUCUUUCGCUGCACGGCCUUCCUACUGAAGGAGAACUUGGCUCUCAGCUCAGCCGCAUGCGUUGGCUCCGUGAUAGCAGACCCCAACCAUGUGCAGCUGGGCAUAGAAGAGCCCUUCAAGGACAUCCAGGAGAUCAAUAACAUUACGCACCACAACAACGACCUCGUGCUGAUCCGCAUGAGAAAUGGCUACGGCAGGGAGUUCAUUGCGGAGAUCUGUAGUCAGGCGGACGUGGACAAUCGACUGAAGCUGGUGGCUGUGGGUUUCUCCCAGAAGAACGAAGAGAACUGUCAGUGGUUCGAGAAGGAGGUGACCAUCUUCACGUUCCACUCCUGCGAUCGUGUGAGCAUCAAUCGUCCCCUCAGUGGCAUCGACGCCAACAAUCACUUGUGCGUAACACCCGGCAUGGAGAGGCAGAGCUCUACGCCCGGAGCCUGUGUGGACUGCCUGCGCGGCAGUGCCAGCGGCCUGCAUGCGAUUCGGCGCGAUGGCAGCGUCUGCCUGCUCGGCAUUGCCACACCCACCAGCAAGUCCUGCACCAGCUCCACGCAUCCGCUCUACUACACCAGCCUGCUCGGCCCCAGCAACAGAAGAUUCCUCAACAGGAGCUAGGAUCAGGAUCAACUGGA